AUGGACGGAGUCGAGACGCAGAACAACGCCUCCAACGGCUGGAACGGCAACACCAACGGCUACGACGAGUCGCAGCCCAGCAAUGGCACAAGGUUCCCCAGAUCCGAGACCACCGAGCCACAAGAAGGCUACAGCAAACGUUAUGACAACUUCGACCCUGUCACCGGAUCCUACCCUCGUAUCUCCCGCCCCGUUGAGUUGAUUCGUCCUUCCUAUGAUGUUGUUGUCAUUGGUUCCGGCUACGGCGGUGCUGUCGCUGCUAGCCGUAUGGCCCGUGGUGGACAGAGUGUCUGUCUUCUAGAGCGUGGCAAGGAGAAGUGGCCCGGUGAAUUCCCUACGAGCAGUGUUCCGGCUAUCAAAGAGCUACACGUGACCAACGCAGCCACCGACGGCGUCCUUGGAAAACUGGGCAAGUUAGGUGACAGAAACGACCCUACUGGACUUUAUCACCUUGUUGUUGGUGAUGGACAGAACGCCUUUGUUGCCAAUGGAUUGGGCGGAACUAGUCUUCUGAACGCCAACGUAUUCCUAGAGGCAGACCAAGGCACAAUGAACUUGCCUGUCUGGCCCAAAGAACUUAGGGGAGAGGAGUUGAAGAGAUACUACGAGAAGGCUCGUGAUGUUUUGGAGCCCGAACCAUACCCGGAGGACUACCCCAAGCUACCCAAGUUGGAAACGCUUGAAAAGCAGGCAAAACUCAUGGGCUGGGGCGACAAGUUCUACCGCGUUCCUCAAACCACUAAGUUUGUAGAUGGCGACAACAGCACCGGAGUGUCCAUGAAGGCUUCCACUCUCACUGGCCAGGAUACGACUGGCUUGAAUGAUGGUAGCAAGUCAACCACUCUCGUCAACUACCUCAGUGACGCAUGGAACUGGGGCGCCGAGAUGUUCUGCCAAUGUGAGGUUCGUUAUGUGACUGAGGCUCCCGGAAGAAAGGGAUACAUCGUGCACUUCGCGUGGCACGGGGGCAAGCGUGGAAACUUCCACGACCUUUUCUACGAGGACCUCAUGUGGGUGCAUGCUAAGGAGCUUGUUUGCUUCGGUGCCGGCAGCAUUGGAACCACCGAGAUCCUUCUUCGUAGCAAGAAGUUCGGUCUCGAGAUGAGCGAUGACGUUGGCCAGGGAAUGAGUGGUAACGGUGAUAUUUUGGCUUUUGGCUACAACACAAAUGAAUAUGUCAACUCAAUGGGACGUCCGGAUCCACCGCCGAACCGCCCAGUUGGACCUUGCAUCACUGGCGUCAUCGACUGCCGUGAUCAAGAAAACCCCUUGGAUGGUUUUGUCAUCGAAGAGGGUGCGAUUCCAGCUGCAUUGGCACCCUUUUACGAGCUGAUGUUGUCGUAUAUGCCUGGGAGAACCUUCCCUAGCAACCUGUCUCUUCAACAGAAGGCUGGCCAUGUUGCCGCCGCCGUUGGAAGCCGGGUAUUUGGACCUUACUACCACAAGGGAAGCACUGAGAAGACGCAGUGCUAUCUCAUCAUGUCCCACGACAGCAGCCAGGCUACGAUGCAUUUGGUGGACGAUCGGCCAUUGAUCAACUACUCUGGUGUUGGCACGUCCCAGAGAGUCACCAAGCUGGCAGGGUAUCUUCAGAAGAUUACAAACUUGAUUGGCGGCACCUAUGUUGACAGCCCAUUUUACGCCGCAUUUGGUGAGAAAGAAAUCACUGUGCACGCCAUCGGUGGAGCUCGCAUCAGCAAUGAUGGCAAGGGUUCUAGUGGUGGUGUGAACAGUGACGGUCAACUCUUCAAGGGUGAAGGCGAAGAAGUCCACAAGGGACUUAUCGUUUGCGAUGGCACCAUCAUUCCUGCAGCACUUGGGGUCAACCCUUUCGCAACCAUCACUGCUCUAGCUGAAAGGUCCAUAGAGAAAGCCGCGAGCAGGCUCGGCGCUGAGAUCAGCCAAGAGCCUAAUGGUUCUCUGAAUCUCUUUGGCCGACCUGCGCACACUCCCUUCCAUGACAGUGACUUGCAAGUCAUGCGGUUGCAAAAUAUCAUCCAAACUGCCAGAGAUGAUAGAACUGCUGGUGUUGCUUUCACAGAGAUGAUGGAUGGUUGGAUUCACAUCGGCAAGAAGAAUGAUAACAUUAAAGAAUUGUCAUUUGACCGCGCGACAGCCACUGCUCGCAGCCGUGGUGAAUAUGCUCGGUUCUUCCUGAGCGCUCGAUCCUGGAACACACACAAUCUGAUCAACGAUAAGGAACACAUGGCCACACUGACUGGCACAUUCACCUGCCCCGGUUUGGGCGGAACUUGCAUGGUGCAAGACGGCAAGUUCCAGCUGUUCAACGAUGACCCUCGAGCUCCUGACACCAUGAACCUUACCUAUAACUUCAAGGUUUCGUGCCCCAACGGAAAGAGACUUCACUUCAACGGCUACAAGGUUGUCAACUCUGAUGUCGUCCUUAACCCUCUGAACCUUUGGAAGGCCACCACCACCCUAUACUGCACCAUUUAUGACGUGAAGGAGGAUGAUGAGCCCGAUUUGGACAAGGUCCGCGGCAAGGGUGUUAUCAACAUCAGCCCCCGAUCAUUCCUCCACGAGUGCACGACUAUGGAAACUACUGGCUCAACUCUGCAUGCUCGUGUUACUUCUGCAGCCAACUUCCUCGGUUACUUCACUGCAAAGGCCGCAGGGGCUUUCCUCACCCCAUUUAUCCCAAUGCAAUGGCCCAGUCUGCCUUUCAACAACUACGAAAAUCCCUCACCUUACACCGAAGAAAUCCCUAUCGAGGCUACCGACCGUGUCAAGUCAAAGCUUUUCUACUGGAGCCCGCUCUUUGAGGAGAAAUACGAGAAGCGUACUUGGAAUGAGUCGGACGCCCCUGUUGUCUUCCUUAUUCCCGGAGCAGCUGUAGACCAGCAGAUAUUUUCCCUGCCCACCAUCAAGGAGAAUGCUGUCAACUACUACCGCAACAAGGGCUUCCGUGUGUACUCUAUGGUCCACCGCGUAGGAAAGACCAUCGUUGCUCAGCAAAACUGGACUGCAUAUGAUGCUCGUCGCGAUAUCAAGGCCGCCCUUGAAGAGAUCCGCAGGAGACAUGAUAUCAAAGACAAUGCCGACGGCAGCCGUCCUUCUGUGACAACAUAUGUCAUUGCUCACUGCGCAGGCUCUGUCGCUCUUGCUUCCGGUCUUCUCGACGGUACCAUUCCCAAGGAGUGGCUCAGUGGUGUUACAGCUUCUCAAGUUUUCAUGAACCCGAUGUUCGCCAAGGUCAAUCAAAUUAAGGCCAGCCUCCCUAUCUCCAUGGCUUCCAUCUACAACCUCUUCCAGGGAAGCUGGUUCGACUGCUCAAGCUCCCCCCAGGACGGUUACAUCCAGCAGGCCAUCAACCAGCUGCUUCGUUUCUACCCGGUUGGUCGUCGUGAUGAGAUCUGCAACUCUGUUGUUUGCCACCGUAGCUCUCUUGUGUUCGGUCGUCUCUGGUCUCACAAGCAUUUGAAUGAGGCCACCCAUGCUCAGCUUGAAAACUUUAUUGGAGGAACCUCCAUGGACAACCUGAAUUACCUCAUGACCACAGGUCUCGCAGGCCGCGUCUUGGAUUCGCAGAAUGCGGACCUAGUGGUACCACAAAACAUUGCCCGCCUCAAGGGUCUUCCCAUCUUCCUGUUCUCCGGAUCUGAAAACGCCGUCUAUCUUCCACAAAACACCGACUUGUCAUUCACCACUCUUAGUGAGGUCAACGGCGGCACCUGUUACGAGAGGCAGGUCUUCGAGGGCCGUGGCCACUUGGAUGCCUGGAUGAGUCCCACGGCGCAUAAGGAGGUUUUCCCCCGCGUCCUCAACCAUAUCGAGAAUGUCCAGAAUGGCAAGUAUGAAAUCAUGAAGAAACAUGUUAAGGCCCUUGUCAAGGGUGAUGCCCGUUACUAA